CCGACUUUCGUCUUUCUCGUACCUCUCUUGUUGUCCUGUGCCCGAGCUCCCGAUCGCUGUCUCAGCCUCCCCCUCUCCCUUCCCUCCUCGCCUUUCUCAUCGCCCUUUGUUCUGCCCCUUUGCAGCAUACGCGGCUACACGGAUACAGGGAUACGCGCACACGCGGCUACACAGACACACACAUACAUACACACAUACACACCCCUCCUCCCAAGAUGACAUCCAACGGAUCUGUCCCCCUGGGUGAGGGGACCUCCUCCACCGCACAGGGAACCCCCCUUACAAAUGACUAUGACCGGUGGUCGCGCUAUGUCACCGAGUACGCGGACUUCCUGGCUGACAUCGACAGCGAUGGCGAAGAUGGCCAGGGGGCCUUUGUGCGCGGCAGCGCUGGCGCCCUGGCGCCGCGUGCCGAGGCCGAGCUGGCCUUCCUUGAGCGAGUGGAUCCUGAUCGCGCGGCCACCUUCCGGGCCCACCUGGAGCGCACGCGCCUUGAGUCGGGCUUGAGCUCGGCACAGGCCGAGGCCCAGCGACAGGAGCUCAUCGCCCGGCGCCAGCGCCAAUCCAUGGCCCAAUCACUGGCCGACUCAUAUGCCGAUCGUCGGGAGGAGCUGCUCCUCUUCGCUCGAGGCGACUGUGUGCUAUCGGAGAUCCUCCGUUGGUUCCUCCAGGUGUACCAUCGCAAGUACAAGGAAGUCGAUCGUCCAUAUGGCUGGGAUGCCCUGGCGGCCGGACUGCUUUUUGAGGCUGGGUCCACCAAGCUCAGUCGAAAGCAGACGUCCAGCGGCGAUGCGGGCCCCGGCGCGAAGGCGAGUUCUUCGGCCCCUGCUCCCGGGGCCGCUGACGACGUCACCGUGGUCCCGGCCUCCGCCGACAAGGACACCGCACCUGGUGAUGAUGGGACGCCAGGCGGGCCGGCUGUCAGCGAGCCGGCUCCUCAUCUCUCGAUCGAAUGUGUCUCGGAGCUGCGCGCCCCGUUGCUUGUGGUGCCAAACGAUCAAACCCAGCCGGGUGGCUGUCCCCAAGUGGCCUACAACAAUGCCACCUCGGCAGCCAUUUACCUGAUGGCCAAAUCCUUCCCGUCCCUGUACAUGAUCUAUCCCACGACGUCGGUGCUCCAUUUGGCCCAGUGGGUGGAGGCGGAAUUGGUUCCAUAUUCUCAGCGCGUCAUCGACCGGACGUGUCUUGCCCGAGAGGCGGCUCGUGAGACGUGUGUUUUUGCCGAGCUUCCCCGGCGCGAGGGCCGCUUCUAUGCGUGGUCUCGCGUGGCCUACCGCGCAGCCUUCCCGCUGGUGGCGGCUGUUGGAGGGUUGCUACCCGGUCGGCGUCUAUACUCGACAGCUCUUUCGCGGGAUAUGCGCGCGCGAGCUGAGACGCUCAUCGAUCUGAUCGAUGCUUCACUGUGUCCGGAGCCGGAGGCCGUCGGGGGCCUGGUCUUGGACGCGGAUGCGGCCAUGCGCCGACUGAGCGAGCACCCCCUCUUUGCCAAGCACUUCCCUGAGCCUUAUGUGCCUCGAACUCGUGGCGCCCAGCGCUCGACCCCCGACGCCAAGCGUGGGGCCGACGACAACAUCAUCGAUCCGAAUGGCCCAUCCGGUCGAGCCUCGCCCAGCACAAAGCUCACGGCCGCCGACAUUGCCAUUGCCUGCGCCUUGGCACCACUGUUGUGCGCCGAUGGGACAACCAUCGGCAGCAAGCUGACAAUGCGUGUGCCGUCGAUCGGGCAUCUGUCUGCCCCCGGCGAGAGGUGCGCUUUCCCUCCCUCUCCCCUCUCUUGGGUCUCCUUUGCCGGGAGCGCUGCCACCAUGCUUGAAGGGACACCAUGUCUCCCGGGGCACUGACGCUGCUUGUCCCCCUGUCCCCCUCGCUCCCUUUCUCUCGCCUCCUUUCGUCGCCAGUGAGCCCCUGACUCCCGCGGACCGGAUAUGGUCGGCGCUGAUUGGCUUCAACACUGAGGCCACCGGUCAGUCGGGCGACUGGUCUCGAGCGGAUGUCUUGCGCUUGCGCGCGCGCCCGGUCGGCAAGUGGGUGUGUGCUCUGUACAACAAGUCCCGCGGCCAGACCUCCAACCAGCGUCGCCUGGACAGCCGGAAUCCGUUUGCAUGGCCCGCAUCCGGGGAUACCCCGGCACCGCAAGAGGCCGGAGCCGGGGCCCCGGCCCACCCACGCCUGGCGGCCAAUUGGCUGGCCGUGCAGGAGGAGGAGCGCUACCAUGCGGUGCUGGUUCAGGGUGCGGCUGUGGCGCUGGCCAUCGUUGCGGUCGGCACUCCGUUCUCGCUGUUCGGCUCGUUCAUGUGGCAGAUUCUUUUCCUGCUGGCCGAGCUCGCCUUGGUCUCGGGGGUGGCUGUGGCCCUGGGUGGGCGGUUCCUGCGCGCCCGAUGCCCGCGGGUCUUGGCCCAAGUGUCGGCCUGUUCGUGGCAGCGCCUGCGCGCAUGGUGGCGGCCGAACCCAUCAAACUGACGGACACAGGUCCCCGCUAUGCGUCGCUGUCCUUUCCUCGGCCCGUGGUUUUCACCUUCUCUCCCAGCUGCUCUCCCUGGCCCUUUCCUCGUACCCCCCCCCCC